UAGAAUCAGGUACAAGCUUCAUCUCAAACCUCAAUCCCUGGUGUGAUAAUCUCCGCCUUCUUCGUUCCCCGCUACCUCAUCUCCCUAAUUUUUUCUAAUUUUGGUCUCAAUCCUUGGUUUUGCUUUCUGUUGUUUAUUUAUGGAUUCUUCUUCUCUCCCUUCCCCUUUUCUCUCCUCUCCUCUCCCUCUCCUUCUUCCUAACGCUUUCCUCUCUCAGCCCCUCAAACCCUUCAUUCCCCUUAAUGGGUUUGGACCCCAACACCCUCUUCUCUUUUCCCAACUCUUUUCCUGCAGUAAUUUGAUCAUCCAUGGUGGACAGAUAACAGAUUGGGCUCUUUCAGCUUCUCCAUUGCAAUGAGUACCAUGAAACCUGAGAAGGACUCAACGGAGAAGAAAAGCACAGACUCAUUCUAUGGCAAUAGUGAUGAUUCUACAAACUUGGAGGCCAAUGUUGGCCUUGGUGAACAUCCUGGUCCAAGUUCAACUAAACCUCUUUUAGAUGAAGAAUUAACAACAUCAAGAUCAUCACACGACAAUAAAAAACUAGAAUUGGUGGGAAAAGAUAAGAGCAAGAAUGAUGAACAUAGCCUGUCUCCAAGCUCAGUAAGCUCAGAAACAACCACCACCUUAAAAUUAUCCUCUACGAAAAUCAGUUUUGAUGAAGCCAGUGACUCACACUCCUCUAGGAAUCAAGAGCUGAACGCAGUAAAAUCAGAGAAUUCCUCAACCAGUGAUGGAAAAUUGGACUCUAACUCUAAGGAUAACAAAGAUCACACAACAAGCCUGAAUCCCAGUGCACAACCUGAUGAACAUCCAAGCCCAUGCUCAAUUCCUAAACCUCUUCAUUCAGAAGCAACAGCAGAAAAACCAUCGCGCACCAAGAAAAGACCAGAGUCGAUUACCAAGAACAGUACCAAUAAUGUUACAAAGAACCAGUGUCCAUCUCCUACAAGAUUGCCAGGGGUGUCAGAAACAACAUCAAACUCGACAAUAACAAAACUAAGUGAUGCAAAAGUUAGUGAUUCUGCUAACUCAAUAAGUUACGGUAGCUGCAGUAGUACUCGAAGUGAUAGUAUAGAUAGUACCUCAACUGCCCCUAUAAGGCCUCACACUGGAGGUGAUUGUCGAUGGGAAGCUAUACAAUUGGCAAAUGCUAGAGAUGCCCCUCUCGGAUUAAGCCAUUUCAGGCUACUUAAGAGAUUGGGUUAUGGUGAUAUUGGAAGCGUUUAUCUUGUUGAGCUCAAAGGGACUGGUGCAUAUUUUGCGAUGAAAGUCAUGGACAGGGCCUCACUUGAAAGUAGAAACAAGUUACUUCGUGCACAGACUGAAAGAGAGAUACUUGGCCUUUUGGAUCAUCCCUUUUUACCGACUCUAUAUUCUCAUUUUGAGACAGAGAAGUUUUAUUGCUUGGUAAUGGAAUAUUGCAGUGGUGGUAAUCUUCACUCCCUCAGGCAGAAGCAGCCUAAUAAGUAUUUCACUGAGCAAGCUGCCAGGUUCUAUGCUUCUGAGGUGCUGCUCGCUCUCGAAUACUUACACAUGCUGGGGGUAAUCUAUCGAGACUUAAAGCCAGAAAACGUGCUUGUUAGAGAUGAAGGCCACAUAAUGCUCUCUGACUUCGAUCUCUCACUCCGGUGCUCUAGCAACCCAACCCUAGUCAGCUCCUCCUCUAUCAACUCUGCCUUGCUCGACAACGAUCAGGUUGUGCAGGGAUGUAUCCAGCCUUCGUCCUUCUUUCCUAGAAUCCUCCCAAAGCGCAAUCGCAAGUCAAAGUCAGACUUUGGCGUCGGCAGCGAGCUAAUGGCAGAGCCCACCGGUGCCAGAUCAAUGUCAUUCGUCGGGACCCACGAAUAUCUCGCCCCGGAGAUCAUUCGUGGCGAGGGACAUGGAAGUGCAGUAGACUGGUGGACAUUUGGUAUCUUCUUGUACGAACUCUUACAUGGGACGACACCAUUCAAAGGUUCGGGGAAUAGAGCGACAUUAUAUAAUGUAGUUGGGCAGCCAUUGAAGUUUCCAGAUUCGCCGGUUGUGAGUAAUACUGCUCGAGAUCUCAUCAGAGGUCUAUUGGUGAAGGAUCCACAGAGGAGAAUUGCUUAUAGGAGAGGUGCUACUGAGAUCAAACAGCACCCAUUUUUUGAGGGGGUGAAUUGGGCUUUGGUUAGGAGUGCAGCUCCACCGCAUGUGCCAGAGCCCGUAGAUUUUGCACAGUUUGCCGUCAAGGAGAAGAGGAGUGCUGAAAAUGGUGUCACCGGAGGUGGUGGUGGUGGAGGUGGAGGAAGUAAGUCUGCUUCAACUGAUUCCUCGUAUCUUGAUUUUGAGUACUUUUAGUUCAAAUUCUGGGUUCUCGAGUUUGUUGAUACAUUUUUGAAGAGAAUUUGGGGAAAAGGCAUGCAUAUUAUGUAUCAUUUUGAGUGUAACUUGUCUAGAUGUUAAUAGUCAAAUUACUUGUGUAAUAAGGUAAAAUAAGUUCGCAACAGGAGGUUGCUCCGGUAUGUAUAUCUCUUGCCUUUGGAUCAUUAUCUAUACAAUGAUGAUUUUUUUUGGUGAAUA